AUGGCAAUGACGGAAGAGGAAAAUAUGGUGAAACAGUUCUUUGAGGUUCGCACGGUUGCUCCGGGCUAUGCCAAGCUCUAUCUGCGACAGCCACUUGACCUGGAUCAGGAUGUGAGUGAAGUUCGGUCGCUGGGCAAACUCACGAGCGGACUAGGCGCACUGGAUGGAGAGGACUUGUCGGUUCGACGCAGUCGUGACUACCACAUCCGCAUUCAGGCCACCGACAAUGGCAGCCCCAGACGUCAGUCCGCCGAUGCCUACGUCACCGUGCGUGUCUUGGACGUGAACGAUAUGGUACCCCGAAUAUCCAUCAGCUACAUCAACACUGCCACCCUGACGAAUCCACAACAAGCUGGGGGCCUAUCAGCACUACCACCG